CGUGAGUCAUGAAUUUAGGGGUUUCCGAACAUUCUCGAACGCCUAUAAAAAAAUACUCCGUAUAUAAAAAAAAGAGAACAUUCUCGAACACAUAGCCCUACGCGGACUCACUGUGCUAUAAAAUCCCACUCCUCUCUUACACCAUCAAGCAAUUCGCAGACCCUAGAUUUAUCAUACAUCCACUUAUUUCUGUAUCUGUAUUCAUUCUUUUACUACUCGCCGACGAAACCCUUGAGAGAGAGAGAGAGAGAGAGAGAGAGAGAGAGAGCAAUUCGGUUCGAUGGCAGGAAAAGGAGAGGGACCGGCGAUCGGGAUCGAUCUCGGCACGACGUACUCCUGCGUGGGAGUAUGGCAGCACGAUCGCGUAGAGAUCAUCGCCAACGACCAGGGAAAUAGGACGACUCCGUCCUAUGUGGCUUUCACCGACACGGAGCGGUUGAUCGGAGACGCGGCGAAGAAUCAGGUCGCCAUGAACCCCAUCAACACCGUCUUCGAUGCUAAGAGGUUGAUUGGUAGGAGGUUCAGCGACUCCUCUGUUCAGGGUGACAUGAAGUUGUGGCCUUUCAAGGUCAUUCCCGGGCCUGGAGACAAGCCCAUGAUUGUUGUCAGUUACAAGGGUGAGGACAAGCAGUUUGCAGCUGAGGAAAUCUCCUCCAUGGUUCUCAUUAAAAUGCGCGAAAUUGCUGAGGCAUUCCUUGGCUCAAAUGUGAAGAAUGCCGUGGUCACUGUCCCUGCAUACUUCAAUGAUUCUCAACGCCAGGCAACAAAGGAUGCUGGUGUCAUUGCCGGUCUCAAUGUCAUGCGUAUCAUCAAUGAACCCACUGCUGCUGCCAUUGCCUAUGGUCUUGACAAGAAAGCAACCAGUGUGGGAGAAAAGAACGUUUUAAUCUUUGAUCUUGGUGGCGGUACCUUUGAUGUCUCUCUUCUAACCAUUGAAGAGGGUAUCUUUGAGGUCAAGGCCACAGCAGGAGACACCCAUCUUGGAGGGGAAGACUUUGACAACAGAAUGGUGAACCACUUUGUCCAGGAGUUCAAGAGGAAGAACAAGAAGGACAUCAGCGGCAACCCAAGAUCUCUAAGGAGGUUGAGGACUUCUUGUGAGAGAGCCAAGAGGACUCUUUCCUCCACCGCCCAAACCACCAUCGAAAUCGAUUCCUUGUACGAGGGUAUUGAUUUCUACUCCACCAUUACUCGCGCCAGAUUUGAGGAGCUCAACAUGGAUCUCUUCAGAAAGUGCAUGGAGCCAGUUGAAAAAUGUUUGAGAGACGCCAAGAUGGACAAGAGCACAGUACACGACGUUGUCCUCGUCGGUGGUUCCACCAGGAUUCCAAAGGUCCAGCAGCUUUUGCAGGACUUUUUCAACGGCAAGGAGCUAUGCAAGAGCAUCAACCCCGAUGAGGCCGUUGCCUACGGUGCCGCUGUUCAAGCGGCCAUCUUGAGUGGGGAGGGUAACGAGAAGGUCCAAGACCUCUUGUUGUUGGAUGUCACCCCUCUAUCCCUUGGUUUGGAAACCGCCGGAGGUGUCAUGACUGUAUUGAUCCCAAGGAACACAACCAUCCCUACCAAGAAAGAACAGGUCUUCUCUACGUACUCCGACAACCAGCCCGGUGUCUUGAUCCAGGUCUAUGAAGGUGAGAGAACAAGGACAAGGGACAACAAUUUACUUGGAAAAUUUGAGCUCUCUGGUAUUCCCCCGGCUCCAAGGGGUGUUCCUCAGAUUACAGUCUGCUUUGACAUUGAUGCCAAUGGCAUUCUUAAUGUCUCUGCGGAGGAUAAGACCACAGGACAGAAGAACAAGAUUACCAUUACCAACGACAAGGGUAGGCUAUCGAAGGAGGAGAUAGAGAAGAUGGUUCAAGAGGCAGAGAAGUACAAAUCGGAGGAUGAGGAACACAAGAAAAAGGUGGAGGCAAAGAACGCCUUGGAGAACUACGCGUACAACAUGAGGAACACGAUCAAGGACGAAAAGAUUGGGGAGAAGCUGCCGGCUGCAGACAAGAAGAAGAUUGAGGAUGCCAUCGACGGGGCCAUCCACUGGCUGGACAGCAACCAGCUUGCCGAGGCGGACGAAUUUGAGGACAAGAUGAAGGAGCUAGAGAGCAUCUGUAACCCGAUCAUUGCCAAGAUGUACCAGGGUGCAGGUGGUGCCGAUAUGGGCGGUGCCGGUAUGGAUGAUGACAUUCCUGCUGCUGGUGGAAGUGGUGGUGCUGGGCCUAAGAUCGAGGAGGUUGAUUAAAAUGCUGGUGGUUUAAUUAGUUUCGUGGUGGUUCUGUUUUCUGCAUAAUCAGGAUGGUGUUUCGGGGAUUAUGGUUAAGGCUUUGGAAGGAUAUUGAUAGUUGUGUUCAAAGCCUGGAUUAAUUUUUAAGUUUCUUUAUUUUUAAGUUUUCAUUUUCGUAAAUUCCCUGGUUAGUCUUUUGAUAAUUAUUACUCGUGGGUGUUGUGAUUUGUUUGAUGAAUUACCAUGGGGGCUUACGGACCGAAA